CCCAUCAAAUUAAAUAAAUAUCCUUUCACCACUUCUUACUAAAGUACUAACACAAAAGCUUUCAUCACUUCCUCUCUAUAUCUCUCUCGCAGUCUUUGCUUCCCUCAGCUCAUAGGCUGGCACUUCAACCUUUGAAAUCUGGCUAAAAAUCCAAUCUUUUUUCCAAAUCUGACUUCAUUAUCUCUCUUCAAUCCGUUUCUUGCUGUUUAUUUGAUCUGGGCUUUCUUCCUCUCUGCCCCUUUCAUUCCCUGUUUCAGAUCAAUUUUUCAUCCAAUUCUCACUCAGACCAUACCAAGACUUCACCUUUUUGAUUCCCUUUUGCCGUUGGAACUAUUCAUGCAGGUUCAAAAUCUUGUUUUUCUAUUGGGUUUCUGAUUGGUGUUGUUUGUUUUUCUUGAAAAUGGUUUCUUUUAUUUCGGAUGCAGAUGUUUAUUAUUUCUUAUGAAGCCAGCUUCAUUUGAACUAUAAUAGUUUUGCUCGAAUUGCUGGUUUUAAAGAAUGGGUAGAGGGAGAGGGAAAGGGAAGAAGCAAACUGCACUUGCUGCUCGUGAUGACACUGGCAGCGGUGAGGAUGAGAAGCUACCCGUGAGGAGAAGAGGGAGGCCGCAAAAACCAAUGAAAGACGACUUUGAGGAGGGAGACGAAGUUGAGAAGAUUGAGGAAGAAGACAAAGAAGAUGGUGAGGAGACGAAAAAUUUGGUGUUGAGUAAAAGCAGCAAGAACCAAUCUGCUGCAGAGAAUGGCAGGAAGAGGAAGAGGCCCUCACAGAUCAAGGAAAGCGAUGAAUUAGUAAAGGAGGAGAAUGCCAUGGCAACCAAAAGUAACGCCACUGUCCUAAUCAAGCCCGUUGGCUAUAGACAACACGGGAGCAGAAGGAAGAACAAGCCUAGACGGGCUGCUGAAGUUGGUGUCGAAUGCAUUUAAAUUUUGUACUGGCACAAUGAGAGAUGAAACCCUUCUCAGCUCAUAGGGUCUUGCCAAUAUUUGUUUUUGAAUUCAUGUUUUUGCUAAUCUCUUGGAAAAAUUCUUGGAAUCAGUUGUUUUUGUUAAUGCAAAGAGUUAUGACAAGUUUUCAGGUUUA